AUGGAAAUCAAAGAGGAAGGUGCGUCAGAAGAAGGCCAGCACUUCCUUCCCACACCCCAGGCAAAUGAUACUGGGGACUUCCCGCUGACAAAUAUUCAGAAGACUCCAAAUGAACCUCAGUUGGAAUUUGUCCUCGGACUUCUAAAAAGCAAAGAUUUGUUUGAGGGUUUGGUAUAUUUCAAAAUACAAAUAAAGUCGUCCUAUUUGCAUCCCGGACAACAGGGGUAUCUGAAGGAGGCAGAAGCAAUUAGAGGAACAAGAGACCCACUGUUUUUGACCGGCGUCACAUUCCCACCUGAGUAUCCCAUCUAUGAGGAGACCAAAAUAAAACUCACAGUCUAUGAUGUCAAGGAUAAAUCUCAUGACACCCGAAGCUUCCUGGGCUAUGCCAGUUUUAAAGUGGGGGAACUACUGAAGUCAAAGGAGCAACUGCUAACCCUGAGCCUGAGAACUUCAGAUGGUGGCAAAGUUGUUGGCACUGUAGAAGUCAGUGUCGUGAAGAUGGGGGAGAUUGAGGAUGGAGAAGCCGACCACAUCACGACAGAUGGACAGGCACAAAAGGUAGGAACACCUGCAAAAAUACUAGAUCCAAAUGAGGAGGAAAGAGAAAGAAAACAGAAGCUGUAUUUUAGAGAAAAUCAGACAGCAAAGUGGAUUCCAAUAAGUUCCCGACUUAUGAACGAGUUCCGUUCCUGGGGAACGUUCGUGAAUCAGAUUCAUUUGAGCUCAGAAAAUGUCACCCACAAAACUUUCUCGGAAAAUCUACUUGAAGGGUCCUCUUUCAAAUCCAGCAGCAGCAAAGGAGAGAAAACAUUAGAAUUUGUUCCAAUCAAUUUACAUCUGCAGAGAAUGCAUGUUCACAGCCCUCAUUUGAAAGAUGCUCUCUAUGAUGUCAUCACUGUGGGAGCCCCAGCUGCCCAUUUUCAGGGAUUUAAAAAUGGCGGUCUUCGGAAACUACUCCACAGAUUUGAAACAGAAAGAAGAAACACUGGAUACCAGUUUAUUUACUAUUCACCUGAAAACACAGCUAAAGCAAAAGAAGUUCUCAGCAACAUCAAUCAACUACAACCUCUGAUAGCAACCCAUGCAGACCUCCUGCUUAGUUCUGCAAGCCAGCAUUCUCCAGACAGCCUGAAGAAUUCUUUAAAGAUGCUUUCAGAAAAAACAGAGCUUUUUGUACAUGCCUUUAAGGAUCAGCUGGUCAGAAGCGCCCUUUUAGCACUUUAUACUGCUAGGCCGGGAGGCGUCCUGAACAAGCCACCCUCUCCGAAGAACAGCACAGAGGACAGCUGUCCCCAGGACCCACCCCCGCCAAUGCGGAGGCAGGACUCCAUACCCCAUCAUUCAGACUACGAUGAGGAAGAGUGGGAUAGGGUGUGGGCCAACGUGGGGAAGAGCCUCAACUGCAUUAUCGCCAUGGUGGACAAACUGAUUGACAGGGAUGGCGGCAGCGAAGGCAGCAGUGAAGGCAGCAGAGAUGGAGAGAAGGAGCCUUCUGUGGUGGAUUCCGUUAUAACGCAUCCAAGGGAGGACUGGUAUGAGCAGUUGUAUCCCCUCAUCCUUACCCUGAAGGACUGCAUGGGAGAAGUGGUGAGCCGAGCCAAGCAGUCCCUGACCUUCGUGCUGCUUCAGGAACUUGCAUGCAGCUUGCCCCAGUGUCUGAUGCUGACCUUGAGAAGAGACGUCGUCUUCAGCCAAGCAGUAGGUGCCCUUGUUGCAAGCAUAGCCCUUUGCUGGGUUGUGCAGUGCUAG